UAUAAAAGACGUCCCUUCGCUUCCGUCGUCCGGCGUCCGCCUCUCGUCGUUUACCGCACAGCCGGCAUGUUCUCUCCCUCUUUCCCUGCUCGGCUUACUCUCCUCGCUGUCCUCUCUGCUUCCACCUUCUACUGCUUCUACAAAUCCCGCCGUCUCAAGCAUCUCAGUCUCACCUUCCCCAACCUCAGCUCCAAACCCACACUCUCUUCUUCCAGAGGCAAGCUCUUCUUCGUCUCCCAAACCGGUACCUCCAAAACCCUAGCUCUCCGCUUCUCCGAUCUUCUUGCCUCCAAUGAUCUCCCGUUCGACCUCGUCGAUCCCAAAGACUACGAGCCCGAGGACUUGCACAAAGAAACCCUAGUUUUGAUUAUCGCGUCGACCUGGGAAGACGGGAAGCCGCCUCAAAGCGCUGGUUUCUUCGCUAAUUGGCUUGCCGAGAGCGCCGAUGAUUUCCGAGUUGGUUCAUUGCUCCUGGCUCGCUGCAAGUUUGCGGUGUUCGGCGUCGGGAGCGGGUCGUAUGGCGCGACGUUCAAUGCCGUCGCGAGGGAGUUCUCCAAGCGGCUUCGAGCGCUCGGUGCUUCGGAGGUUGUGCCCCUUUGUGAAGGCGAUGUUGAUGCUGGAGAUUUGGACGAGGUUUUUGAUACUUGGAGUAGAAAGUUGAUAGGAGUACUGAAGGGCGUUGGAGUGGAGAAUGGAAUGGUUUUGGAUACUGGAGUUGUUAGUGGGAGUGAUGGUUGGACAACUGAUGGGUCCGAGGAGGAUGAUAAUGAAAAUGGUGCGGAGUCGAGUAUUGUUGAUCUUGAGGACAUUGCAGGUAAAGGCCCUUCGAGGAAAUCAAUGACGGCGUCCUUAUCUAAUGGGGAAAAGAAUGGUGAAAGAGAAAUGGUGACCCCGGUGAUUAGAGCCAGCUUAGAAAAACAGGGAUAUAAAAUUAUUGGUUCACAUAGUGGUGUUAAAAUUUGUAGAUGGACCAAGUCACAGCUUCGAGGCCGUGGAGGCUGUUACAAGCACUCAUUUUAUGGCAUAGAGAGUCACAGGUGCAUGGAGACAACUCCAAGUUUGGCAUGUGCCAACAAAUGUGUUUUUUGUUGGAGGCACCACACAAAUCCUGUAGGCAAGAGCUGGCGUUGGAAGAUGGAUGAUCCUUUAGAGAUUGUGAAUUCGGCAAUAGACCUCCAUACAAAGAUGAUACGGCAAAUGAAAGGUGUUCCUGGAGUUAAACCAGAGCGAUUAUCAGAAGGCCUCUCCCCCAGGCACUGUGCCUUGUCGCUUGUUGGUGAACCUAUCAUGUAUCCAGAAAUCAACUCACUUGUAGACGAGCUGCACCGGAGGCGGAUAUCGACUUUUCUUGUGACAAAUGCACAGUUUCCUGAAAAGAUCAAAAUGCUAAAACCUGUCACUCAGUUAUAUGUUAGUGUGGAUGCUGCAACAAAGGAGAGUUUGAAAGCAAUUGAUAGGCCACUCUUUGGUGACUUUUGGGAGCGUUUUGUUGAUUCCUUGAAAGCUCUUAGAGAGAAACAGCAGCGAACAGUUUAUCGAUUGACUCUGGUUAAAGGGUGGAAUACUGAAGAUGUAGAUGCUUAUUCAAACCUUUUCAGUGUUGGGAAACCUGACUUCGUGGAAAUCAAAGGUGUCACCUAUUGUGGAUCGUCUGCUACAUCAAAAUUGACAAUGGAGAAUGUACCCUGGCAUUCCGACGUGAAGGCUUUUUCAGAGGCCUUGGCUUUAAGCAGCAAAGGGGAGUAUGAAGUUGCUUGCGAGCACAUCCAUUCUUGUUGUGUCCUCCUGGCAAAGGCCGAUAAAUUUAAGAUCAAUGGUCAGUGGUUGACAUGGAUAGACUAUGAAAAAUUCCAUGACCUGGUGGCUUCUGGAAGAACUUUCGACAGUGAGGAUUAUAUGGCAGCGACACCAUCCUGGGCUGUUUACGGAGCGGAGGAAGGCGGGUUCGAUCCAGAUCAGUCUCGGUACAGGAAGGAGCGGCGUCACAGAUCUAGCCACUAACCAACAUCAACCAGGUGACCUUCUCUUAAUGUAGUGGCUGGAGUUUCACUUUGUUUUGUUCAAGUUAUAUAGUUUUUUGUACACUAAUUCUUGUAGAGCAUUUUUUUAACCGCAUUAUAUGGAUAUAGAUGAGGGCGACCCCACGGCAGGGGGAUAUGGUCUUUUUUUGGGGGGACUGCUCCUGUAUUUUAAUUAUUAUUAUUAUUUUUGUGGUUUUGAGGGUUUUUGUAGUGUUAUUUAUUUAUUUUGGUUAAAAAAAAUUAGGUUAACAUUUGAAUGAGGUUUAAGCACAAAUACCCUAAAUUGUAUUUUGGAUACCCUUUUGAAGCAAAUAUUUGAUGGUGGCUGUAGUUGGAGUCA